AAAUUGUAUUUUUCACUUCCGCAGUUUUGCUGUUACAAGCUAAUUAUAUGCCAUUUCCGAAACAGAUAUCGCUAGUCUUCCUUCAAAAACAUUUGGAACCAGUGAUAGCACCAACCAUUCAUCACAGACACCAACUAGAAGAUCCAAGGUUUGGGAGAAUUUUGAGCCAGGGUUGAUUGAAGUGAAUGGUGUCAUGAAGGCAGUGUGCAAAUAUUGUGGAGCUAAGUUGACUACGGGCAACAAAUCAGGUACAAACAACCACCGAAAUCACAUUGCUGAAUAUUGCCCAAAAAUCAGUACCGAAGAUAGAAAAAGGUUUCUUGAUGCAGUGAAGAAGCAUUCAUUAGAAGGCCCAUUUACCUUUGACCCACGAAAGAGUCGUGAACUAAUGAUAGAAUGGUGCAUUAGUGCUGAGGUUCCAUUCAAUAAGUUCGAGGAUCCUAAAUUUGAACCAUGGAUGGAGUCAUUGCAGCCUACUUUAGAAAGCAUAGGGCGUCAAACAAUUCGUAAUGAUUGUGUGUCUAUGUUUCAAAGAAUAAAAGAUGAUUUGCGAACUGAACUUCAAAGCACUAAUUCUCGCAUCUACUUCACGUCUGAUCUUUGGACAUCAAACCAAAAGUUAGGAUAUAUUUGUUUGACUGCCCACUAUAUUGAUCCUAACUUUGUGUUGAAGAAAAAGAUCAUUGCUUUCAAAGAUGUGAAGUACCCACAUAAUGGUUUAGCAAUUCAGGAAGCAAUUACAACAUGUCUGAUAGAUUAUGGAAUAAAGGAAAAAAUGUUCACUAUCACUCUUGACAAUGCUGGCAAUAACAAAACAGCUUGUGAUCUUCUGCAAGAGAGUGGGAAAGCCAAUUUGUCAUUUGGUGGCCAGCACCUUCUUGUUAGAUGUUGUGCUCACAUACUAAAUCUUCUUGUCCAAGAUGCUAUAAAUGUUGCCAAUAGUGUCAUAGAGAUAAUAAGAGAUCUAGUUAGGCAUAUCAAUUCUUCACCAUCACGAAUCCAAGCUUUCAAUGAGAUUGUUGAAAGGGAGUGCUUUCCUACAAAGGCUGGCUUAGUGCUUGAUGUACCGCACCAUUUGAAUUCAACGCACGACAUGAUUCUUGAGGUAGUGGAGUAUAAAAUUGUUCUAAAGAGGUAUGCCACUGCACAACAGCAACCUGUUCCAGAAGAUGAAGAAUGGAGCAAAGCUGAACUUGUGGGUGACUUCCUUGGGGGAUUUUGCAGCUGCUACAAAGUCGUUCUCAGCCAAUAGGUAUCCUACGUCUCACCUUUUCUUGGACAAUGUUCUAUGUAUCCACGACGCUUUAAGAGGUCAACAGUGGCAAGAGAAUAUGGUAACAAGAGAUUUGGCUAAGGCGAUGGACAGAAAAUUUGACAAGUACUGGGAUGGUAAUUAUAACAUGGCCCUUGUUAUAUGCACCGUACUUGAUCUAAGGAAAAAACUUGAUUACCUUGACUUCCUUUAUGAUAAAGUAAGUCAGAGCUAUCAUGACAGGAUAGGAAGUGUGGAUUUGGCUAAAGAUUGGUUGAUUAAGUACUACAAAAGUUAUGCAGCUGAUCUUAGGAGAUAUGACACAAGUACAAUGUCUCAAUCUGGUCCAUCUAGAAGCUUGUUAGGUUCACCUGUGUUGGUGCUGGGCAAAAGAAGGCUGGAUGAAGAAUUCACUCAAUUUAGUUCUCAGAGAAGAGGUACUAGUGUUGACAAGUCUGAACUGGAUGCUUAUCUGGAAGAAGCCCCUAUAAGGGGUGACGAGAAUUUUGAGAUUUUGAGUUGGUGGAAAACAAACUCAAAUAAAUACCCUGUGUUAUCACUUAUGGCAAGAGACUUUCUAGCCAUACCCUUAGCAUCGUUUCUUCAGAAUCCGCAUUCAGUUUAAGUGGUUCAAUUCUUGGUGACAACCGAAGCUCGAUGAUUCCACAAACACUUGAAGCUCUAGUUUGCUGCAAAGAUUGGCUUUAUAAAUACCAGUGAAGACAGUGGCGGAGCACCCGGUAGGGCAAGGUGUGGCGGCUGCCAUACCUCAGAUUUUGCUAGGUGCACAUAAUCAACUUAUAUCAUUAAGUGUUUAAGCCUUCAAAGCAUUAGGAAAUAUUCUGCAGCUUAUAUUUUUGUUACUGCCGAGUUAUGCCACACCUUGAUUCUUGUCUGUCCUCCGCCACUGUUGGCCGAUGCACCACAGGUUUGAUGAUGCAAUGUAUGAUGAUGUAAUGCAAUGUCUGAUGAUGUUGCCGGAAGCUGUGAUGUGAGUUUGCCCUCGAACUGUCAGUGUGCAGCGGCGUUUGCUUGUGACUUCUGAGCACAUGAAGCUUGUGGAUUCCUUUUGAGUUAUUCCACCUGGUACCUGUGGUUUGCAAGCUGAUAAUUGGAGGAGGCAUAGUAUUCUUUCCUCAAAUUCAUCGUGCCAAUUUACACUUAAGUUCACUGCUGUUUAAGGCCAGUUGUGGUCUCUUCUUUCGUUCAAAAAAAAAAAGUUGUGAUGUCUUCUAGAUUGGUUUGCAGGAACGCUUUGGAUUCAGUUCGAAUUUAAACCAAAACCUAAAGUGCUUAGUGGGCUAGAUGUGUCUGGACCUUUUUUUUUUCUUGCAUCGAUGCAAAAUUGAACAACAUCGGGAAAUGGCGGAUCAUGCUCUGAGGCUCAAGGGAUGUGUAGGUCGAAGUGCAGCAAAGAUCACAGUGCAGCUCAUGGUUUGCCGUUCUGAAAUUUGGACUUACUAAAGUUGUGUUCUGAUUAUCCA